CGGGGCCUGGAAGGCGCCAGCUGGGCCGGUGGGCUGUUAGAUCCCAAUCUCCUGGAUCUGACGGCUCCCGGGAAGAGGUCCACAGGGAGGGGGCACUCGGCUGCAGUGCACAAAGGCUGAAGCUCUGCAAGCAGCAGGGCGUGUUUGGGGUGUGCGCGAGGUUUCCGUCCAGAGUCCAAGGCACACCGUGGGGGCCGCGCAGAGGUGUCGGUUUCCACGCAUGCAUGGAGCACAGGGACUAGUAGGAACAGGCUCUGGAUGCUGAGUCCAGCCAGUCCCAUCCGUCCCACCCAUCCCUUCCCAGCUGGCGCUUGCCUUCGAGGGCCGUCGGGGGAAACUGGGAGGAGAUUGCGGGACUGCCCUCGCCUCCCUUUCUCUGCUCUCCGGACCUGCAGAGACUAGGUGGAGGGGAGAAGCGCAGGCACGACGCUUCUUUUUUGGUUUGUUUUUAAAUGAUGGAGGGAAACACUCAUGUUCUGCUACCCCCAUCUAACUAGGCAGCUGUCAAAAAUUUUGGGGAUCUCUUUAUCCCCUUCUGGUUUGCAGACAGGAAAUUGAGGCCAAGAGUAGUAACUAAUUGGGCCAAGGUCACACUGGUAGUGGCAGAGCCGGGAUUAGAAUCUAGAGGUUCUGACACAGUCAGGCUCUUUACUCCACAUCAUCACUUCCUUCUCUCCUCCCCCAGCCCAGACUGAUACCUGCUGUGUUGCCCCACAGGCCACUUGAGCCCAUAUUGAUUCUAGUUGAAGCCUAGAGAGGUGGUGUUCUCUGGACUCAGGGGUAGCGAUUGUGGAGGGUUAGUGACCCGAGGAGGGUUAGUGACCCCGAGAGAGUCUGGGUCUUGGCUGAAGCUCUUUGUCCCUAGAAGACCCAGGGUCUGUCUGCCAUGUCAUUCACCUCAUGGCUGUGUUUUCUCAGACCCCAGAGUCAGGAGGAGUGAAAACCCUGACCCCUAAUCCCACUGCAUCCAGCCAAUAGGAGCCUAGCCACAAUGGCGGAGCUGCAGGAGGUGCAGAUCACAGAGGAGAAGCCACUGUUGCCAGGACAGACACCUGAGGCAGCCAAGGAGGCUGAGUUAGCGGCCCGAAUCCUCCUGGACCAGGGACAGACUCUAUCUGUGGAGACACCUUAUGGCUCUGUCACUUUUACUGUCUAUGGCACCCCCAAACCCAAACGUCCAGCAAUACUCACCUACCAUGAUGUGGGACUCAACUAUAAAACUUGCUUCCAGCCACUGUUUCAAUUCGGGGAUAUGCAAGAAAUCAUUCAGAACUUCGUGCGGGUUCAUGUGGAUGCCCCUGGAAUGGAAGAGGGGGCUCCUGUGUUCCCUUUAGGAUAUCAGUACCCAUCUCUGGACCAGCUGGCAGACAUGAUCCCUUGCAUCCUGCAGUACUUAAAUUUCUCUACAAUAAUUGGAGUUGGUGUUGGAGCUGGAGCCUAUGUACUGUCACGAUAUGCUCUUAACCACCCAGACACAGUCGAAGGUCUUGUCCUCAUCAACAUUGAUCCCAAUGCCAAGGGUUGGAUGGAUUGGGCAGCCCACAAGCUAACGGGCCUCACCUCUUCCCUUUCGGAGAUGAUCCUGGGACAUCUUUUCAGCCAGGAAGAGCUGUCUAGAAAUUCUGAGUUGGUACAAAAGUAUAGAGAUAUCGUCACACAUGCACCCAACCUGGAUAACAUUGAACUGUACUGGAACAGCUACAACAACCGCCGGGACCUGAAUAUUGAGCGUGGAAGUGAUGUCACCCUCAAGUGUCCUGUGAUGCUGGUGGUAGGAGACCAAGCACCCCAUGAAGAUGCAGUGGUGGAAUGUAACUCAAAACUGGACCCCACCCAGACCUCGUUCCUCAAGAUGGCUGACUCCGGAGGACAGCCCCAGCUGACUCAGCCAGGCAAGCUGACGGAGGCCUUCAAGUACUUUCUGCAAGGCAUGGGAUAUAUGGCCUCAUCCUGUAUGACUCGCCUGUCCCGGUCUCGCACGGCCUCUCUGACUAGUGCUGCAUCCAUUGAUGGCAACCGGUCCCGCUCUCGCACCUUGUCCCAGAGCAGCGAGUCUGGGACUCUCUCUUCAGGACCCCCAGGGCACACCAUGGAGGUCUCCUGUUGAGUGACCUUUGUUGCCUUAAUGUGGGACCCAGCCCUCACCUCCCCCAGAACUAACCUGGGAGGUGCAUAAGGGCAUUGGGUGGGAGUAAGCAAGGGAAAAUGGCAGAUCAGGUGGGGAGAUGACCUUCAUCUUUGAUUGCUACCCUAACUUUGACCUUUAACCUGUGAUUCCCCCCAGCUGGGAGAGAUGUCCUAAUAUCUCCUAGGGACCCAGACCCCUAAAUUAUCCUUCUCCUACAUUUUGGUGUUAAGGUGGAGAGGGCAUGUGUCUCUUCUUGAUCUAGGUGUCUGUAGAUGAGGGAUAAGAGGUUGGAGUAGUGUCAUGGUGCCUCUAUCAGACUCUCCCUAAUUAUCCCAUAUUUGCAAGGGGAGGGGAUUUGGGGCUGGGGCUCCAUUUACCAAAGGUGAUAUGGCUUCUCAUUAACCCUACAGGCUGCUGAAGGGUAUGGGCCUGAGUGAAUGUGUGUCGGAGGGAGACUUCCUGGUGGGUUAGUGUUCUUAAGAUGUGAUGGCAACAUCUAGUGUGUAAAAAGGAAGUUGGAAUGGGAGGUGGUGGGCAAUGAUGGUGUAUGGGGUAAAGAUUGGCACUGGGGCAAUAGGAGGGGCCUGGGGCCAUUUGGCUGCACUAACUUUGGUAAGCUGUAGGUGUGUAUCUAGAGUGGGACAGGGAGGAGCUAAGCUUGGGCUGGGCUGCUUGGGGCUUGGCAUAGGGGUGGAAAGGCCUACCCUGAGGCUUUGACCACACUGUAGCAUGUGUGGAGAGUGCCCUCCUGUCUCCCAUGACUUCUGCUGUAACAAUAAACUGUAGAGGAAUCUGA